AUGGCGCCUGUCGGACUAUUUGAAGCCCGAGGGCGCGGCUCUUACUCGUUAGAAUAUUCCGGAUCAUUAAUGGCAGUCUCAGCUCAGGGAUGCCAUAUCCGUUCUGCAAUAUCUGCUAGACCUGAGUUAGUAAUAUUCCUCGCAGUUCAUGCUAACAGCGUCAUCCAUGAUGACUUCGAUGGGCGUAAUGUGCUCAUCUGUGGUGACGACACUGCGUGUGUUUCUGACUUCGGUCUUUCCUUGAUGUAUUCUGAGGUUAUAAGCACCUCUCAGGCUUCCUGGACGUCCACGCUCACGGGAAAUAUGCGAUGGAUAGCUCCUGAGCUGUUUGUAGAGCAGGAGGAUGGAUUUCAAGUUCGGCCAAGCGAGCAGAGCGACAUAGAUUCAUUCGGCGGCAUAAUGUCACAGAUCCUCACCAACAAAAUUCCUCAUUAUUACCUCUCGAGUGACGCCGCGAUCGUCUUAUGCAUACUAGUAGUUAGGUUGGAGACAGCCCUGGGGGGUCCUCCCGGGCUUGUUAUCCUGAGCUCCCUGAAAUAGUGGAUGUUUAUCUGUCCAGAUCUCGUUGGUUCUGACGCACCGUCUCGCAUUCAAAAUUCUGUUUACUGUACAGCGAGAUAAACAAAGCUAUGUAUACCUGUAUAGUAAACGUAGGCUUACCCCAAGAUUUCUCUUGUAAUAUUUUGCAGCACAACAAUGCAAGUACCG